AUGCUAGGCAACGGCACCCAGACGCCCAGCACUGCAAACAAUAGCCCCUCCCCCCAACACGAGGAACCAAGACGUGAGCGAGGCCCCUCGCCCGCCCCGGAACUUGAGAUGCAGGACGCACCGCAACACGCAGGCGUGCCCGCCGCCGCCAUACCCCGCACGAGCGCGCCCCCCUCCGGCGCUCCCCCUGCCAGCACGCCCCACACUAGGGGCACCCCGUCUACCGCAGCACCCCCUACUGCCGGCGCGCCUGCCACCGGCGUAGCGACCCUCCCUACCGCGAACCCCUCCGCCACAAACCCGGUCGGAACGCAGGGCCCAAACGGGGAGAACGAGCAAGCCGACCAACACAUGCAGGAUCCCCCCCCGGAUGCCGCACCCCCCCCUGUCCUCCUCACCUUCGAAGGGGAGUACGCAAAACCGGACGAGAAACCCUUCCCGCUACCGCAAACCUGCACCUGGUUAGGCAUCUUCGAAAACACCAUGCCCGCGCAGAAGGAAGCCUGGAACGAACAGGACAUGAACACGGCGGCUAUCCUAUAUCCCCCCCGCCCGGCGGACUACGCCAACCCCAGC